AAUCAAAACAAUGGCUCUACUCAAGUCGAUCAUCAUCAGCUGCGCUCUGGUCGCCGUCAUCGAGUGCGCCCUGGUGCCGGUGAACACGGAGUUUGAUCCGCAUCCUCAAUAUGCCUACGCCUACAAUGUUCAGGAUGCCAUUACGGGGGAUAGCAAGAGUCAGCAGGAGGUGCGCGAUGGCGAUGUGGUCAAGGGCUCCUAUUCGGUUGUCGAUGCUGAUGGUUCAUUGCGUACCGUUUUCUACACCGCCGAUCCCAUCAAUGGCUUCAAUGCGGUGGUGCAGCGUGGCCCAGUUCCAGUGCCGGUGGUCGCCGCCCGUCCCGCUCUGCCGGCGGCUGUUGGCCCCGCACCAUUCCUCGGCUAGACAAACAAACAAACAAACAGCUGUGCUCCAUCAUAGCUGAUAUUAGCGUGUAGAUAAGUUAUUGUCUGUCCAAAGUCAUAAAUCACAUAAAUAUAUAUCCAGUUAGCCAAAGAGAACAACAACA